CAAGAUGUUAUAUGCCUGCGCAUUUCAAGAGUGCGCUAUCGAAACGUCACUUGACGUGACGAUCGAGAACCGAAGGGUUCGUUCGAUAAAAUGAAAUAAACGAUAGUCAGUCGAUUCCGAGACAGUAUACUAGACAGUUGUUAUUUUCAAACCCUCCGCAUCACGAUCCCGUUUAUUGGAUUUUCCACAGCGCUAAUUCUCCUGGUUGGUCUUUUUCGUGGAUAUUAGUCAGUACUCAAAAGUGGCGACGAAAAGGUAAAAGUGAUCCUACGUGUGUGAUAGCAUAUUUAACGAAAACGGUGAAAGCCAACCCGAAAGCAGUUAGCGGCAGUCAGGCAAGUUCAUCGCGACGCUGGCGCACACACAGCACGAGCCAUUUUGAGGAUCAUUACUUGGCUUCGACGUAACGAUUGGAGCAAUCUCGUUCCGGAACCCAAUUGGCAAGUCAAGUUACGAUUCACUCAUUUGGUUGGUUUAACCUGAUCUGCUGGACAAAACUGUAAGUAAAACCGCUCCAGCGGUAAGUGGAGUCAUUUCCAGAUAUUAUUCCUAGAGUUGGUUUAUUGAAAACGAGUGGUGUGGAGGAACGCCAUUACAUUGGUGCAACAAAGAAAAGGCCUUUUCGAUUAUUGUAGCACAAACAAUUAUUCAAUAGGGUUCAAAAAGAAUCAUAUUUACUGUGUAUUGAAAGUUAAUGAAUGGGAGUGAUUCUUUUCAUUGUGCUAUUGUAAUAUAAUAAAAGAGUUUUCUUUUACUCUUUUUAACAGAUCGCAGUGUACAAUUGAAUAAUAGUUCAGUGAUUUUACCACACGGCGGCUGAUUUAAUCGAGUGUUUGGUGGAUUGUAUGUUCCCUGACAUCACGGCGGUUAAGUAGCUGUAGAAAAUAAGCCUGCUUCCCACACUCGAUCAGUAGCGGAGUUAUACGAAACGAGACAUAGGCCCACGGUGUAAGCGCAGUAUUCGAAGGGGUUUUCGGCUGUAAGGAUUCGUUACGGCAACGAUCGUUGGUUGGCGAAGGUCAAAAGUCGGCACCGCUGCUAAUUUUAUUUUACAAUACAAAGGGCUUUCCACUUUCCUUUAAUCUGCUGUUUUCUGAGCAUAGCAUAGCGAUGAGUGCGUCGAGCAUUGCUUGUACCAUAGAACCCUAUCGUAGGGGUGCCAGCUUUAACGAUUGGUACGCAAGGUUAAAAUUUUUCUUCAAAAUUAACAAAAUAAGUGAUGAAGACAAAAUGGGAUAUUUUAUCACACUCAGUGGACCAGUAAUGUUUGAGGAAAUCAAACUACUGUAUCCAGCUGGUGAUUUUGAAAACGCAGCCUUUAACGACUUAAUUGCGAAGCUAAAAAACCGAUUGGAUAAAACAGAUCCAGAUUUAGUCCAGCGAUAUAAAUUCAGUACUAGGGUACAAAAUCCAGAUGAAACAGUUGAAGAUUUCAUCUUGGCUUUGAAAUUACAAGCAGAAUUCUGCGACUUUGCCAAUUUUAAAGAAACGGCCAUUAUCGAUCGCAUUAUAGCGGGAAUAAGGGAUAAAAAUUUGAGACAGCGCCUUUUGGGAGAAGAAAAGUUAACAUUAGCAAAUGCGGAGAAAAUCAUUACUACAUGGGAGGUUGCAAGGGCAAAUGCGGGUACAGCAGACGGACGACAUGGCGGAGAGACAGGAAUGAUCGCGGCGGUUCACAAUAGCACGAAUGGCCAGUAUGGAAAGGCUUACAGGAAGCUAAAGCAUACGUUGGACUUGGGAAGAAGAUACCAGGAAGAUUACGUCAAUAGAGGAGCAAGCAGCAGCAGAGGACCGGUGAAAAGUCGUCUGGGAACAAGACCUUAUGAGUACGGGAAUCAUGGAAGAGUGCAGCGGCCAUUCGGAUCUAACACCGGAAAUUUCAAACAAGAAAGUGGAGGGAUGACAAGACCAAAACCGGACUAUUCCCAAAUGGUGUGCAACUUUUGUGGAAAGAAGGGUCAUAUAAAAAAUAAAUGUUUCAAACUGAAGAAUCUUCACAGGGAUGCGGUUAAUCUAGUAGAUUCUUACAAACCAGGGCCUUCAGCGGACCGCCACAUAGUCGAACUGUUGGACAGGAUGAAAACAAGUGAUUCAGAUGGAGAGGAGAGUGAUUCAGGUGAUUUGGAAUGCAUGUUGGUCUCGUCUAUUAACAAAAUCAGUGAUCCGUGUCUGGUGCUCGUCGAUAUUGAAGGAAAUUUGAUUGAAAUGGAGGUGGAUUGUGGUUCGUCAGUUUCUGUUAUGAGCAAAAGUCAAUACUUUUCCAAAUUUUCUAGUCCUUUACAAAAGUAUGAAAGAAAGCUAAUUGUGGUCAAUGGUUCAAAACUCAAAAUUGAGGGUGAAGCAAAAGUGUUAGUAAAGUUCAACAAUAGACAAGAGAUGAUGCAAUUGCUAGUACUAGAUUGUGAAAACGAAUUUUUCCCUUUAUUUGGCAGAACUUGGCUAGAUGUUUUUUACUCCAACUGGAGGCAUUUUUUUACAAAUACAUUGAAAGUUAACAGUUUGAUAAAUGAAUCCAGCGAAAUUGCUGUUGAAAGUAUAAAACAAAAGUAUCGCCAAGUGUUUGAAAAAAAUUUUUCUUCUCCAAUUAAGGGUUUCAAGGCUCAACUGGUGAUGAAAGAUGAGUCUCCAAUUUUUAAGAAAGCCUACGAUGUACCUUACAGACUGAAAGAAAGAGUGGCAGAAUAUUUAGAUAGGUUGGAAAAGGAGAAGGUGAUAACACCAAUAAAAACUAGUGAAUGGGCCUCACCGAUAAUAAUAGUAAUGAAAAAAAAUAAUGACAUUCGUCUGGUGAUAGAUUGUAGAGUGUCUAUUAACAAAUCAAUAGUACCUAAUGCCUAUCCAUUACCCACAGCGCAAGAUAUUUUUGCAAAUUUGGCGGAAUGUAAAUUUUUUUGUGCUCUCGAUUUAGAGGGGGCUUACACACAGCUUGAAUUAACGGAAAAAUCAAAAAAAUUUGUGGUGAUCAAUACUAUGAAAGGUUUGUACACCUACAACAGACUUCCCCAAGGGGCUUCUUCAAGCGCCUCUAUAUUCCAGCAGGUAAUGGACAAGGUAUUAGAAGGUCUUGAGUAUGUGUCAGUCUACUUAGAUGAUGUUUUGAUAGCUGGAAGGAACUUGGAAGAAUGCAAGAGAAAUUUACUAUUAGUUUUGGAUAGAUUGGCAAAUGCUAAUAUAAAAGUUAAUUUUGAAAAAUGCAAAUUUUUUGUUACACAACUUACCCACCUGGGACACAUUAUCAGUGAUAAGGGGCUAAGGCCGUGCCCAGACAAAAUUUCGACGAUUGAGAAAGCUAAAGCACCAAAGAACGAGUCCGAAUUAAAAUCCUUUUUAGGUCUAUUGAACUAUUACCAUAAAUUCAUUCCUCAUUUAUCUUCUAAGCUGUAUUAUUUGUACAAUUUGUUAAAAAAUAAUGUAAAAUAUGUUUGGGAUGACAAUUGUCAGAAAGCCUUUGAGGAAAGCAAGAAUCUUUUGUUGAGAACUGAUUUUCUGGAAUUUUACGAUCCAAAGAAACCGAUUGUGAUUAUUUCGGACGCGUCUAGCUAUGGCCUUGGUGGCUUAAUAGCACACGUGGUAGAUGACGAAGAAAAACCGAUAAGCUUUACAUCGUUUUCGUUGAACCAAGCACAGAGAAAGUAUCCUAUUCUGCAUCUUGAAGCAAUGGCACUAGUUUGUACUAUAAAAAAAUUCCACAAGUAUUUGUAUGGUCAACAUUUUACGGUUUAUACGGAUCAUAAGCCCCUUGUAGGUAUUUUUGGAAAAACGGGUAAAAAUUCGAUUUUUGUGACGAGACUUCAAAGGUUUAUUUUAGAUUUAUCUAUUUAUGACUUCGACAUAGUUUAUAGGCCUUCACAUAAGUUGGGAAACGCGGAUUUUUGUUCGAGGUUUCCCUUAAGACAGGAGGUUCCUGAAGAGCUAGACUCCGAGGUAAUUAAGAGUAUAAAUUUCAGCAAAAAUGUUCCAAUAGAUUACAGAAUGAUAGCUGAAGGCACUAAAAAUGAUGAGUUUUUACAAGAAGUCAAAGGAUUCAUGCACAAUGGUUGGCCAGAAAGGGUAAAUAAACGCUUUAGCGAAGUUUUUGCAAACCAACAUGAUUUAGAAUCAGUGGACGGUUGCUUACUUUACAAAGACAGGGUAAUAGUACCAAAAAAGUAUCAAGCAGAAGUGUUGAAACUUUUACAUAAUAAUCAUGCGGGGGUGGUGAAAAUGAAGCAAUUAGCAAGAAGUAUGGUUUUUUGGUUUGGAAUAAAUGCAGAUAUAGACAAAUUCGUGGCUAAUUGUGAUGCAUGUAACAGUAUGGCGAUUUCCCAUAAAGCAGAGACGUCAUCCAAAUGGAUACCGACAACCAAACCCUUUAGCAGAGUUCAUGUAGAUUUUUUUUAUUUUGAACAUCGUAUCUUUUUAUUAAUUGUCGAUAGUUUCUCAAAAUGGAUUGAAAUCGAGUGGAUGAAGUACGGCACUGAUUGCAAUAAAGUUCUAAAGAAGUUAGUAGAGUUCUUUUCCCGAUUUGGCCUGCCAGAUGUUUUGGUUUCGGACAAUGGUCCACCAUUCAAUUCCAAUGGUUUCAACAGUUUUCUUGAGAGGCAGGGUAUCAAGGUAAUGAAAAGUCCGCCUUACAAUCCCUCAAGUAACGGACAAGCGGAGAGAUUAGUGCGAACAGUUAAAGAAGUUUUGAAGAGGUUCUUACUGGAACCAGAAAUUAUGGAAUUGGAUCUGGAAGACCAGAUAAGCUUAUUUCUGUUCAAUUAUAGGAACAACAAUAGGACGAAUGACGGACAGUUUCCGUCUGAGAAGAUUUUCUCUUAUACACCCAAAACUAUUUUACACCUUAUUAACCCUAAAACACAUUACAAAAGACAUUUGGAGUUACCACAGCCAGAUGAUGAGAUCAUAACAGAAACAUUAGUUGCUAACACGGCUAAGCAUCCGAAGGAUGCAUUAGAUGAUCUGAUGGUUGGUGAUGAACUGUGGUACAAAAACCACAAUCCCAGCCAUCACGCAAGAUGGAUAAAGGCAACCUUCAUUAAACAAUAUUCUCGUAAUACCUUCCAGAUACGUAUUGGAAACGUAGAAACCAUGGCGCACCGGAAUCAAAUCAAGACGCGUAAGGACGACGUAUCAUGGCAAAGGCCAAAUGUUAUCAUUACAAAAAGAGGACCGGAAGAAGCAACGAACGAUGCGCCAUUGGAAUCGGGAGGAAUGUUGGAAGUAUAUGAAGGCGAAACAGCAAAUACUGAGAAACUGAACAGUCGGAGUAGGAAACGAAAACGGCCGGUUGGUGAAACGGAAAGGCAGGAACCUAGGAGGUCGAAGCGUAGCAGAAAAACAAAUCGAAGUGACCUUUACUGUUAUAAUUAACCGAUCGAAUGUUUUGUGGGUUAGGAUAUUUUGAAAAAGUCGAUUAUUGAAUUGAAUGUUCUGAAUUUAAAAUAUGUUUUAUUUUACUCUCAUCUUUGUUAAAGGGGGGAGAAUUGUUAUAUGCCUGCGCAUUUCAAGAGUGCGCUAUCGAAACGUCACUUGACGUGACGAUCGAGAACCGAAGGGUUCGUUCGAUAAAAUGAAAUAAACGAUAGUCAGUCGAUUCCGAGACAGUAUACUAGACAGUUGUUAUUUUCAAACCCUCCGCAUCACGAUCCCGUUUAUUGGAUUUUCCACAGCGCUAAUUCUCCUGGUUGGUCUUUUUCGUGGAUAUUAGUCAGUACUCAAAACAAGAUAGUAUGAAUUAAUUUAGCCUUAAACAAUAAUGCCUUGGUAUGACUUUAUUGUGACGAAAAAAUAUCUAAUGUCCCAUAAGUGGUUGAAAAGAUAUAGAAAGUUGCUAGGAUCAUCUGGAUUCUAGAAAAACAGACAAAGGACUAAUAUUACCUACUACAAAAACGAAUUGAAUCGUGUGGAUGGAUACCUACGGUGGAUCUUAAAAAAACAUACAAUUUAUCAAUAAUUGGAAAGGGGGUUAAUGUAAGGGACCGUCCAGGAAUGACGUAACAUUUUAAGGGAGAUGGGGAAAUCCCAGAUAUUGCUACAAACCAUGUAUUAGGUACGGAAAAAUAGGCCACGAGGGAAGGGGACGAGAGUUGUUGAAAAUCGUCCAAAAUAUGCUACGUCAUUUGUGAACGAUCCCUAAGGCAUGCGUACUUGUAGUGAAAAUUCAAUGCAAGCAAGAAAAGGGUGUUUCGGAUAAAUUUCAUUUUCAUACAAGGUUCAAGGUUAUUUUUUUUUAUUGAGGAAACGCAUGUGACAAUUCAGAAGAAUGACAAAUAACAAGUUACAGUGUAGGUGGAAACUAGUUUUUAUAUUUUAAUUACAUGCUUAAUUGAUUAACCUUUUGUUCUUGUACGUUUAAAUUGAAUUAAAUUGUACAACAAAGUAUUGUAAUACGGGAUAACAUUGUUUUUUCAUUUUUCUUUAUUACUUUCCUUGUACAAGCUAACGUUACAAUGUUUAUAUUUUUUAAACAAAUCGUGACCCUCUUAGUAUGCGUUAAGGUAUAAAAUAUAGCACAAAAGUUCAACAAGCUGUAACAUUUUAUAGUAUGCAUCAAAAUUUCUCAAAUUUUGACUGUUUAUCAACCUACUAUAUGUGCAUCAUUGGUAUAAAUUUGUUUUAUCUAGAUUGGUUAAUCUAGAACUGUUCUCGUAAAACACUAUUUUUUUAGACAACUAAUUUUUGAACUAGGGGAAUUUGCGUAUUAUCGGCCGUUUUGCUCCCUUCAUCAUGGGGGUUUUUAUGAAACCUGUCGAGCUCAAAGUUGGCCUCAAAUCUUUACCAAUCAAGCUGAACUAUAAGACCAAGUUUCAGGAAAUUUGGCCGACGAAGAGAACAAACCUGCCGAUUGCAAUACCCAAAGCUUCUCUAUCACAUCUCCGAAACCAGUGUAUCGAAUUUAAUGAACAAAGUAGAAAUACUAAAAUGUAAUGACAUUGAUGUAAAAAAGCAUUUUUUUUUUUCGAGGAAGAUCCGAUGAGUGUCAAUCCACCAUGACUUUUUUCAACGUUCAAUAACUGCCCAUUUUUAAAACACUUUUGAAGCAUUAUUAUAUUGUUGAUAAACGUUCAAAGUUUCAUUAGAUUCGGUUCACUGGUUUCAGAGGUAUGACAGUUCAAAAAUUAGUUGCCUUAAAAAAGUGUUUUACGAGACUGGUUCUAGUUCCGCAAAAGAUUGACCAAUCGAACACAGAUUUAUACCAAUGAUGGACAUAUAAUAGGUUGACAAAUAGCGAAGACGGCUAAUAACAAGACAGCCAGCUCCCAUCCUGUUGCAGGCGACAUGGUUGAAACGCCCUCAACGAUUCACAGGAACAUUAAAACAUGAUUGUGUGCGUGUACAUGCAAAUACAUACACGGAAAUGGUAGCAUCGCAUGCACACUCAUUCAUGAUGUUGUUCCCUGAAGUCGUUUGUGGCGCUAGUGUGCUUGUAGCUCCCAAGGUAUAUGGAGCAAGAGGGUAGAUGUCUGUCUUGUUAUUAGCCGUCUUCGCAAACAGUCAAAAUUGGAGAAUUUUUGAUGCACUCUAUAAAAAGUUACAGCUUGUUGAACUUUUCUGUGAGAUAAAAAAAGGCGCCUUUCCCAAACAUUUUGGUCACCUCUCUUUUAAUCCAAUUUAUGAUUUUUUUUUUUAUCUGUAUUAACGAGAUUUUUAGCCCUGGGCUAGUUCAUCUCGGGACUCACGGUUUACUUCCCUUCCGAAGGAAGAGCUCAAAUUUUGCGAGUUUGUUGUCCUCGGCGUGAUAGUCAAGUGUUUUGGAGACUGACAGGAAGUAGUGAUGCACCGAACAGUAUGGUAAGUGGGGGCAUGAUGGGCCACCUAAGAAAUGGAUCCCUAUAACUUUCUGAAUAAAAAUCGCAUUUCUCUGUUUUCUACCACGACUCUAGGAUACACUAGUCAGCUAUGAUAUAAGACAACAGAAAGGUCAUGAAGUUUGAAACCUCCUUCUUGACAAGCAAUUUCCAAAACAUGACCCAUCUUGCCCCACCUCAUUUUUACGGGGGCAAGGUGGGUCAGCUAUCAGAAAUCUCGAUUUUUUUUCCAAUAAAAAAUACUAUAUCUUCUAUUUUUUUUCUCUAUACAUCUAAGCUUCACAUACGUACAGAAUACAUGGAAGAAGUGUUGCAACAUAUCGGUAGAUUAUUCUAAGAGCUAAAAGAUUUUUGUUCAAGUAGCCAUAAACGGACUUUGAAAACCUAUAUUUUUAGUAGAAAAAUAUUUAAAAUAUGUUCACAAAUUUUCAGUGCUCUAAUCGCGUCGAUAAUGUAGGUCACAGAAUAGCCUUUCAAUAAAAAAUAAAACAUUUUCAAAAAAAUAUGCAAUAUGCAUACUGAAAAAAUAGGGUGAACCAUCUUGCCCCAUCUACACAUUACACGUAGUUAUAUGGAAUGUAUUGCAUAAGAAGUAUAACGAAAAAAUAUUAAAUUUUGUUCUAUGCAAGGAACGUAAAGAAUUUUCAAAACAAUAUAGGGUAUCGCGCCACUUGGGCGGUGGCUUCUAUAUUCGUCUGUUUUCCACUAUAACUCAGUCAAUUUUGAACCAAUAGACUUGAAAUGUUGUACACGGGUGGAUACUAUACCCA